GCUGUGCGCUAGAGCGUGGUUCUGGUUCUAAGGGUCAUAAGAUGGGAACUCUCCCGGCACGUAGAAAUAUCCCGCCGUGGGUGAAAGUUCCCGAAGACCUGAAAGAUCCAGAGGUGUUCCAGGUCCAAACGCGACUGCUGAAAGCCAUGUUCGGCCCGGACGGAUCUCGAAUCCCUUACAUCGAGCAGGUGAGCAAGGCCAUGCUCGAGCUGAAGGCUCUGGAGUCUUCAGACCUCACCGAGGUCGUGGUUUACGGUUCCUAUUUGUACAAGCUCCGGACCAAGUGGAUGCUCCAGUCCAUGGCUGAGUGGCACCGCCAGCGCCAGGAGCGAGGGAUGCUCAAACUUGCGGAAGCCAUGACUGCCCUCGAACUAGGCCCUUGGAUGAAGUGAACCAGCUUCCAGCCAAUGCA